AUGAAUGAUAGCUCUACUCUACUCGUGUACGAUACAGCAGCAACUGAUUCAGUCAUAAAAAAUUCACAACUCUUGAGCAACUUAAAACCGAGCAAAGAGUCACUAAAUACCGCAAUAGACCUGAAAUUCCGAACAACAAAAAUUGGAGAAUUAAAAAUUUCAGUAAACAAUAGCGAGAUGAAUUUGUCAGAAGUAUAUGUAGCACCAGAUGUCAGUUUCAAUCUAGUGUCAGUCAAUCAAUUAACUCGUGAAAAUGACUCAAUUUUCCUUUUCAACGCAGAACACAUGUACACAAUAGAGAAUCAAGAAUUAAAAUUGAUCGCGGCCAAACCAUCCAACAUCAAUCUAUAUAUGGGACCAGUUAGUGGAAAACUCAAACCUGAACGAGAAAAACCAAGCAACCCUUUCUUCAAACAAUUCACAUAUGUUGGAAAUAUAUUCAUGGGUCAAGACACAGACGAUGAAGACACAAUAGAAGUACUUGACGAAGGUUUCGAAGAAGAUAGAACAUUCGAAGCUGAAGCUGAUCCGUUUGGGUCAACAAGAAGACAUGACGACGAGACAGAAGAUGAUGAACAAGUUGACCUAUCAGGAGUCCCACUGGAACAUAUUUCUAUUAGCAGUUUGCCACAGAUAGUAGCUGAUCCCCAAGGGGUCAAAGACUUAUACUACCGUCACAUUAGUGGGAAUCAUAUGCCAAUCAAAAAUUUAUUAUCAGGUAUUACGAACGGAAAAAUAAAAGCAAUUAGGAAAGCCGGCGACGUAGAACAAUUGAAACGAUGCGAAACAUGUCAAGUAUCCAAUAUGAAACUAUCAUCACAUAAUCAUGUUCCUCAAAGAACUGUAACGAGGAGACUCGAAUCAGUACACAGUGAUACCAUGGGCCCAUUCAAAACUCGAAAUGAAUCCAAGUACCUCACAACCGUCAUCGACUUUUACUCGAAAUUCUUGAGGAUCAUCACAAGUACAAAGAAGUCCGUAAAGCAAGACGUCAUUAAUAUACUCACCAUUUGGAACAAUAAGUUCCCUGAAAAAAUAGUACAUUUUCGUUCAGAUAAUGCACCAGAACUACCAAAACAGAAGGACCUUUUUCACCUAGGUAUCGAAACAAACGAAAUUCCGAUUGGUACUCCACAACUUAAUGGUUUUGCAGAAUCAACAAAUAGAAAAAUUUUAUUGAAUAUUUAUCGAUGCUUAUUGAAUUUCAAAGGACAACCAUGCAUCCUUGACGUAUUUGACCAAAUCAUCGAGUACGUAGUCACCAUCAUGAAUCACACACCAAGGCCAGAAUUUAGCGGGAAAUCCCCGUUUCAAGUGUUCCAGAGGUUACCGGAUUACCAAUUUCAACAUUACCAGUUUGGAUUGGAUGUCUUAAUCAAAUGUCUGUCCAAGAGGGAAGCACAGAAGUUAGGUAUCACUCCCCAAAAGACAUUCCCAUUAGUAGUCUAUGGUUUCUUUGUCGGAUAUGGAUCAGAUACAGGAGUUUAUAAAAUCAAGGUCUCCACUAGAAGAUACCCACUAAUCCUCACAUCAAAUGUUCGCUUCCUCAACAGUAUGAAGGUCAUUAAUCAUUUCCUAGCAGGAUUCGGAAGUCUAUCAGAAAACUUGUUUUCGGAAACAUACGAAAAAAUCAUGGCAACAGAAAUGUGGCAAAAUGACGCACAUGAAAUUUUCAACGAUGAUAUCCCAAACCCAAAUAAUAACGAAUUUCAAACCGGGGGAGACGAUGAUCAAACUCCUUCCUCGGAUCCAGGGGAGAAUAUCACUCUCAAAAAUCAAUCAGUCACAAAUCAAAAUUCAGAUCACAUUCCACGGGAUGAGUGCAACGCGACUGGCCUUUUAACAGAAGAUCUUUCGAACCCUCAUCAAUCACCAAAUAAUCAUCACGAGUGCAACGCGACUGGCCUUCUAACCGAAGAUCUUUCGAACCCUCAUCAAUCAUCAAACAUUCAUCAAGAGAGCAACGCGACUGGCCUUCUGACCGAAGAUCUUUCGAACCCUCAUCAAUCAUCAAACAUUCAUCAAGAGAGCAACGCGAUUGACCUUCACACUGAAGAUUUUUCGAACCCUCACCUUUCAUCAGACAAUCAUUCAUAUGCGACUGGCCUUCUCAAUGAAGAUCUUUCGGACCCCCAUAACGAUCAACACCAGACAGACAUGAGUGACCUUCCCGAUGAAGAUCUCUCAUCACAUAAUAAUCAUCAAUCAGAAGUGGAUGAAGCUUCAAGUACUUCAGAUCAAGAUAAUUCAAAUCAUAUUCCCCGAAUUCACGAAGAAUAUUUCCCACAGGAUUCAAAUGCAGAAUCACUACCAAGAUCCAGUUGGGGGAGAAUACGUAAACCAAACCCCAAAUACAUCAGUACAAUAAUCCGAUCCAUGAGAGAGAACCCAAAGUUCUUCAAAGAAUAUGAAUCAAAACUAAAGUUAAGAAUAACAGAUCCACUUACCCACGAGGAUGAAAACCAAAAGGAUGAACAACAAAUGUAUAUAAAUGCUGUAUUCGAUGAUUUGCUUGAACUGGACCCCAGAGUGAAAGAAGCAAGAGAAGCAGAAUUAAACAAAUUCAAAAAAUACGAAGUUUUCAAAGUAGUCAAGAGACCAGAGAAUAUUAAACCAAUGACAACAAGAUGGGUAGAUACUUAUAAAGAAAACGAUUUGAAGGAACAAAAAUAUAAAUCAAGACUAGUAGCACACGGAUACAAACAAAAGGAAGGAAAGGAUUAUGAUCCUACCAGAGUCCUGUCUCCUGUGAUUGAUUUAGUAUCCAUAAGAGUACUUACCGCAAUUGCAACAAAGAAUAAGUUAUCAAUACAUCACCUAGAUAUUCAACUGGCAUACCUAAACGCUGAGCUUACUCACGACAAACCAAUAUAUGCACAACCACCUCUGGGAGUAGAUAUCCCAGAAGGUCACUGUUGGUUAUUACAAAAAUCAGUUUAUGGAAUGAAACAAUCGGGAUUUGAAUGGUAUGAAAAAUUAAGCAAAGUCUUAGGUGAGAUAGGGUUAUCUAGAACAGAAAAUAAGGGAGGUUUAUUCGUGGGAAAAAUAAACGGAGUUGAAAUAAUAGUAGCAAUCUACGUGGAUGAUCUAUUCAUGGUAGCCCAAGACGAAGAUGUAUUAAACACCUUCAAGGAAUCACUCAACAAAUAUUUCGAAUUAAAAUAUUUUGGUGAAGUAUCAGAAUAUCUCGGAAUAUCCUUCGAAACCCAUAAAUGGGGGAGAAGAUUAUCACAAGAAACGUACUUGCGAAAGUUAAUCACAAGCAACAACAUUUCCAAUAAAGAAUAUAGAACCACACCCCUCCCGAGAGAAUUAGAAGUAAUAUUACCAAAUGAUCCUAAUGCAGAAUUUUUCGAACCAGAACCAAAAAAGGACAUAUUAAAUGAAGGGGACAAGAAAAGGUACCAACAAGUGGUUGGACUGCUCCUCUGGGCUGCUAGAAAUACAAGACCAGACAUUGCUUUCGCAGUAAACCAUCUAGGAUCAAAAUGCUCACAACCAUGCAAACAAGACUGGGAACAUAUGAGAUGGUGCCUUGGAUAUAUAGCUUGCCAUCUUGAGUACUACUUAGACUUCAAAAUUAAGGAUCAACAUGGUGAAGAAAAGGAUUUCACUAUUGAAACAUAUAGUGAUGCAUCUUUUGCACCAGAAAGAGAUAGAAGAUCAAUUUCAAGUUACUUAAUUUACAUGGAUGGAAAUUUAGUUGAUUGGCUGUCAUGUAAACAACGUGUGAUAACUACAAGUACCCAAGCAUGUGAGCUUAUAGCACUAGGAAGAGCAGUGAAUAACACCAUGGAUGUAAGGCAAAUCUCGGAAGCAGUUGGUUAUAAAGUAAGAAGAAUCUACGUAUAUGAGGAUAACGAAGCCGUUAUUAAAGCAUGCAAGAAAGAACUGACAUUGCAUAGCAGGAGAACAGUCGAGAUCAACCUAAAAUUACUACAACAAAUGAUACGAGAGAAAAAAUUUGAAUUAAAUUACGUGACCAGUGAAGAAAAUCUAUCGGAUCUCCUUACUAAACCAAUUCCUAACCCCAAAUUCAAAACAUUACUGGAACAAAUCAAUAGUAGGAACCAAUGA